CCGAGCUUUCCACAGAGAUAGCCUCCCAUUGGCUGGGCGUCACCUCCCUGCUUUGCUAUUGGCUAGAGCGCACGGAGGCGAGGCUAACGUUCCAUUUUAUUGCCUGACUCGUUGUGUCGAGUUGGAAGAGCGAAGGUUCGGCUGUGUGAGGCGGGAGCCGGUCAGUGUCGCAGGCUCGGGCUUGUUUCUGAGAUAUUUUAAACCCAAACAACAGAGGACUAACACAUCGCUGCCGGACUCUGUCCUAGCUGGGCGGAGAGAGAGGAGCUGUCCUGGUGUUACCAAGUCUCGGUAAGUUGACGGUUGUGGGAUGUUUCCAACCCCUCCCCCCUCUCUGCCGCCAUGUUUUGGUAGUUCGCUUGUUUUCUUUGUUUCCUGGACUGUGAACUUGUGGCCCCUGUUCUCAAUGUACGGGCGGAAACCUGGCUCAGUUAUAUUAAUAUGACCAGGAGACCCUGCAUGGUCUAAUUGUGGGGUCCCUGUGCCCGGUGUAGCCCCGGUUAUAACUAGUAUUGCAGUGGCUGUGUGAGAGUCUGAUAGGGGCUUAUUCACUAAAAGCUACGCUAAACACAUUGUGCUAUAGUGUAUCUGAUAACACUGUAAACACUUCAACUUUUUAAAUCUUGUUUUUUGUUUUUAAUUUGUCUUCAAGUUGCAAUAAUGCGGUGAGUAGUAAAUCACCAAAACAGCAAUUCUAUAUAUUGAAAGCUUUGUGUGUGGGUUUUAUAUUAUAUAUAUUUUUGAGUGGUCACUCUUCAUCUCAUCAGGAGUGUAAUAAUUACAUAAAAUCACACUGAAGCCCUGACCACCCCUUCCACUGUAGAGGCAUAAUCUCUCUUACUAGCUGUUUUUUUUUUAUUUUUUUUUUAUACAUUUUCUGUUAACGGUCUUAGAACCAUAUAGGAUUCUAUUUAGAGAAUGUGGGUCUCCACCAAAGAAUUAGCCAUACAAGGUAAUGUCUCAUAGUUCAGUUAACAGCACGGUUCACUACAACGAGCUGCAUAAGUGACUAACUUUUGUUGGUGCGUAUGUGAUUGUAUGUUUUGUCUCAAUUGAGUCUUGGUUUCCUGUCUUUCUUAUAUCUUGUUGCCCACUGCCCCUCCCCCAGCUUCAAAGAAACUCUGUUUUUCUCCUAACAGCUGUGCGAGUGUCACCCCUACUGUUGCCUUGCGCACAAGGGGUUUCCAUGUUGGUUUUGGAUCUUUACUGUCUUAUGCAAGUGCAAACUGGAAGGUUAAAGAAGGGAUUGCAAAGAGAACAUAAAGUGCUAAUUUUGAGAUCUGGGAAAGGAGUUGAGAAGUUUGAAGGAUCUGCUGAAAGGUGAGAAGGCAUAUUAAUGUUUAUCUAAACUCUAAUUUAGCUAUUUCAAAGCCUUUUUUUUUUUUUUUUUGGGGGGGCGGUUAAUAAAAAAAAAAUAAAUAAAAAAAAAAAAAUUCUAGGAAGUCACUUGGUGCCUCUUAAAGUGAUGCAGUGCUGUGGGGUUUUCACAUUUUCUUGCAUGCUAAAAGUGAAUAUUAAUUUAAAACUUAAAGGAAAAACUCUAGCUUUAUUUUUUUUAUCACCUUUAAAACAUUGUGUGCUGUCAGAAUUUGGUUCUGGUUCAGUACCACCAUAUUUCCAAAAUGUCCUGCAUAUUCAUUUAUUUUUUUAUUUUUUAUAUAACUGUGCAGCACUUGAACAGGACAAAUUUAUAAAGAUUAUAAAUAUGCUGAAAACUUGACCUCUGCAAUAGUUACUAGUUUCUCUAACUUUUCUCCCUCUUAACCAUAGGUGACAAAACAGUUCAAGAUGGGAGGAGGUGAGCGAUAUAACAUUCCUGUUCAACAGCAAAGAACUGUUGGCAAACAGAAUAAUCGUCAGAAAGUAUUUGAUCGCAACAAUCAAAAGGCAAAUACCUGUCGUGCUAAAGACAAAGGUCGUGGUUACAAUCCAUCUGGUCUUGCAUGGCAGGCCAUGCAGAAUUGGUCCAACAACACUCGCUCAACAAACCAGAACUGGAAUCUAGGAUUGUCAGGAUCAAAGAACCUCUUCCAUGGUCAGCUUAACCAGAAUUAUGCUGGAGCCAAAUUUAGUGAACCACCAUCACCAAGUGUUCUUCCCAAACCUCCAAGCCACUGGGUACUUCUUUCCUGUAAUCCUGCUGAGAAAGAAUUGAUGUCAUUUCAACUAAAGACUUUGCUGAAAGUCCAAUCUUAACAAGCAUUUCAGGCCAACCAAUGUCCCUAGGAUAAUUACAGCAUUUCAAGUUGAAGACUAUGCAGCUAUACUUUAGUCCUAAAGUAGCUUAUCUAGCACACCUACAAAUCAGGAAUUGGUCUGCUCUGUUUAGUUGCUCAGAAGAACUGAAUGAGAUGUUGGGGAACCUUCCAUGAAGACUCCUGCAGCUGAAGCACUCAUCACUGCAUUGUUAGUGUGUUGCAAUGACUCUAUUUGUUUUGUAUAUCAUCUUUAAAUCAAUACAUCGAUUUUGUUGCACUUAAAAGUAAUGGAAGCAUGUCUUUUGGGGCUGUCUUUGAUUACGGUCAGCACUAGUAAAUUGCAACAUAUGCUGUGAAGGCUUGGUUCUUUUAUCAAUGUAUUUGUAUAUGUUGUAAUAUCUGGAACAGGCUAACAUAUUUUUUUUUUUUUUUUUGUCUCAAUAUUCACCAGUGGUUUAGCCAGCAUGUGCAUAGCGUAGCCAAUUUACCAGGCUAGUUUUGUUCUUAUACCACUUAUGUGCCAACAAUUCACAUGUACUGCCAAAGUCUGUUUUUGAGGGUCUUACCAGUAACCAAAACCAAAUCACUGCUACGCAAAUCUUAUUUUCCCGGUGUAAAAUUUGUCAUAAUACCCUUCCCGCCCAAUCUAGACUGCUUGCGAUAUGUGGUGUUGAUCACCAUGUAAAUGCUCUCUAGUAUAAACUUUAAUAAAAUUUUUUUAUUUUUUUUGUAUAUUCUAUAACUGAUUAGCCACUAUGAUUUAAACAUGACGCUUAAUGCUAGCUUACAAUCCAUUUUUUAGACACAUGGCAUAGUCUCCAGCCUCAGGAUUAUUAUUUUUUUUUAAAUCUGCAGUUUUUAGAUUUAAGUAUUUAACUGAAAUCUGGAUAUCCCACCCCAACCAUUCCUGUCACCCUUUUUACCUACUUCUUUUGUUUUAAGUGGGGAUGGGGGGGGGGGGCAUUAGUUCCCUAUUCAUAACAGACAUUUGAAAACCAGAGUAAUAGCCAACUACUGGCUUCAUGUUAGGAACCUGACAUUUGGUCAAUUUUUAUCUAUAUUUUUAUUUUACAAGCUGGACUGCAUGCAUUAAUGGAACUAUAUUAGCCUGGCUCCUAAAUCUGGGGCCCUGCUUUAGAUAAUAAACCCCAUGUAACUUCCUGCUAAGUCAUUGAUUAUUGCAUGUUUUGUCAGCAGGCUAUAAAGUGCUGUCCUUGCGCUGCUCUACUUAGAAUUUUUUUUUUUUUUUUCUGUGCAUCGGGGGGGGGGAAUCUGCGCUUAUUAUCUUGCUGAACAGUGCAUUCAAUAUCAAAUCCAGAUGUAUAAAUGUGUAUAUAAUCUCAACGUUUUGUGUAAAGUAAUGACUUGAAUGACGUCACUUUUUCUUUCCUCUCAAAUGUAGUCUUUGUAUAAUUGGUCAUUCAACUAGCAGCACUCUUCAACUUGAAAUUUUGUAACUGUCUAUAUAGUAAUAAUAUGAACAACCGAGUAGCUGUGUAAAUAGCUGUACAAGUUGUAGUAUAUGUAAAUGAGUGCAGGAAACCCUGCAAAGAGUAUUUUUUAGUACAAAACUGCUGAAUGUAGUCACAGGAUCUGUGACUUCAGAAACUUAUUUUGUUUAAAUAAAACACGCCCGCACGUGUGUGUAGCCUUUUGCACAAAAUGCCAGUAUAAAUAUGUACACAUUCUCGUGUUCUCAAUUAUAAACUGGUCAUGUAGUGGGAUUGGUGCAAAUGAAGCUCUUAAGGAUUUUAUAUAAAAAUAAAAAAAACUAUAUUAAAAAAAAAAAAGUUAGCAGCUGCUCACACCUGUAUAAAUAGAUGUAUUUUUGAUAUUCAUGCAGUCUGAGUAUUCCCACUGCUCAAACUGCUUUAAGUGAUGCAACAUUGUGAAAUUGUAAUUGGGGCUAUCUAAAGACUCCACCAUAGUUAAGAACAUUCUGUACUGCACUGCUUGGGAAUCUAUUUGAAUGGACCAUGUGAAACUCAACUCAUAAGUGUUUACAUCUGAACUGUCAGAGCCCACUUUCACUGCUACUUUUAACACAGCCUUACCUCUUAUCCUGGAUUUCUGUUUUUCAAGAGAAUGGACAUUCCUUUUAAUAUCCCUACACGGACUUCUAAAUUGUUAAGAGAUGACAAUUUUGUUUAUCAGUAUUGUCUUGUGAAAUGGAGGAAUAUGUAUUACAUUUGACCAUAAUAUGGUCAACCAUGUAUUAAGUACUACCCUGUUCUCUCAAAGGUGCAGAUUUCUAGGAAUUCUUCAUGUGUCCUUGUAGAUGUUAUAUUUGAUCAUGUGAAUAGGGAGACCUGCACUGUUCUAUCGAUUGGCAUUGGAACCUUGCACUGAUUUUGGUCUUCAAAGGAACAUGUAGCUGGUGAGCAAAGACCAAUGCAGGCUUUUGCAGAAUUCAGUAGAAAUGGCAACUUAUCAAAGGGUUAGUCCUGUCCCAGAAUGCCUUGUAAAACAUUGUAUUUGCACAGAUCUUGGGAAAGGUGUGUGGGUUUCCCUUUUUUUUUCUUUUUCAGCUCUACUAGAUUUAUGCAGUCCCUUUGUUUCAGAUGCCUAUUUGUAAACUAGUCCAAACACAUAAACGCACUUUUUUUUUUUCCCCUCUUUCCCAUUAAGUACUUAAUGCUGCUGAUGUGGAACAUCUUUACUAUAUUUGUAACCAUGCAUCAUGUGAAUAUGGCUGUGCUAUAUUCCUCAACUGUUCGUUUUUGUUUUCUUUUCACAAUGUGAUUGGUUUUUUAAAAAAAAAAAAGGAGAGAGAGAAAUAAUCUAUUUAUACACUAAAAUGUAUCUGCAGAAUGCAAACAUUAGGAUACUUCCAAGGCAAUUUAAAUUGGCUUAUGUUUAAAUUCUACAACUACCCUACCCCCAUGUUGAAGUCACAAGUGGUUUUUAUUUGGAAGUACCUCCCCCCAAAAAACAAUAAUUGGAAACUAUAACAAAAUAAAUAAAUACCGUUUAACCCCUAAA